AUGUCGCACGUCCUCACGUCGCUCACCAAGAGCGCCAAGUGGGUCGGCCUCGCUCUCCUAGGUGCCGGCAUCCCUGUUGGCGUUGCCUACUUCCAGGUUGUCUACCACAACGUCGAAGAGGAAGCGCAGAGACUUCAUAGAGAAGGAAACCUCUAUCGAGAAAAGAUAAAGGAGGAGUGGAAUCUUAAGAAACAGGAGACCCAGUGA